AUGAAUAAAAGGGUAUAUAGUUUAGUUUGUAUUGCCUUGUAUGCCUUUUUGGCUGGAUCAAUACAUUGCUUCGACCCGAAAGUAUCUGUUGCAGGAUAUACAAGUGAUAUAGAUACUAAAAAAAUAAACGGAAACAACGAAGCAGAUGAUAUAGAGUAUAAACACGAAACACAAUUAAAGAAUAACAACCCUAAGGAUGGUGCAUAUGAUGAAGAUGAUAAAGACAAUAAAGAAUUUAAUUGUUUUAAUAUAUUUAAAAGAGAUAAAAAAAAGAAAAAAAAACCUAUAAUUAAUGAUGUACCCGUAACUCUUCCAUAUAAUAAAAUAGUUUUAACAUAUUCAAAUAAUGAAUCUCUUCCUACGGUAACAAUGCGGAUGGGGCAAAUUCAGCGUAGGUUUAUUCCAAAAGAUCAAAAACAUUUAGAGGAUGUAUUAAAAUUACAAAAAAUAUUCGAAGAACUAUAUUCAAAUAAUGAUGAAUCUCUUUCUAAGGCCCCAUUGAAAGUAUCAAAGGAACUGCAAGACAUGUUUGGAAAAAUCCCGAAAUUUUAUAGUUAUUAUUACCUUUUAAAAGAAAAAUUAGAAAAAAAAAAUUAA